GCAGAAGGGAGAGGUAUGGUUGAAAACUCGAAGUCCAUCGCGCUCAGCAGAAGAGGAGCAGCACAACUAAAUGUGACUUAUCUAAGCAUCAUCAUCCUCAUCACAUCUGCGCCUCCGGGAGACAAAGAAGAGACGAACUCUGAAGCAGCAAACAACGGGAUCAGAGCCUCCCGGAGUGAUAUGAUAUCAUUAUUAUUAUAUCUCUCGACGUGACGACUGUUUGUCUGCUUCUAAUGUUUCCAACCCACUGAGACCAGGGGAUUUAUUCCUUCUUUUGUUCUUUGCUUUUUAUAUUGACUAUUAAUAAAAGCAGCCCAAACGAAUAAAUACGGGUCAUUAUGGUUUUGUUUACACUGCAUAAUAGAAGAGGGUUGAAUUGCUUGUGCGCGCAGUUCUUGCUGUGGAUUUUAUGUGCUGUGGACGGUGAGGAGCAGCAAUUCAGUGUGGAGACUUGGCUGCAGAGGUAUGGCUACCUGCCUCCAACCGACCCCAGAAUGUCCGUCCUGCGGUCAGAACAGACCAUGCAGUCUGCUAUCGCUGCCAUGCAGCGUCUCUAUGGCCUUAACGUCACCGGUGAACUGGAUAAGAACACCAUUGAUGAUAUCACCAUAAGCUGGAUGAAGAAGCCACGAUGUGGGGUGCCAGAUCAGUUCGGCGGUGCCUUGAAAUUUAGCGUCCGAAAAAGACGUUACGCUCUCACUGGGCAGAAAUGGCAACACAAACAUAUCACAUACAGUAUAAAAAAUGUCACGCCUAAGGUGGGAGCGGAGGAAACCCACAACGCCAUUCGCCGGGCGUUCGAUGUGUGGCAGAACGUCACGCCGCUGCGUUUCGAGGCAGUGCCCUACAGCGACCUGGAGCGCAACAAGAAAGAUGUGGAUAUUACUAUCAUUUUCGCCUCAGGUUUUCACGGUGAUAGCUCCCCCUUCGAUGGGGAAGGGGGUUUCCUUGCACAUGCCUAUUUUCCCGGUCCGGGGAUUGGAGGAGACACACACUUCGAUUCGGAUGAGCCCUGGACUCUGGGGAACCCUAACCAUGACGGGAACGACCUCUUCCUGGUGGCAGUACAUGAACUGGGUCACGCGUUAGGCCUGGAGCACUCCAACGACCCCACUGCCAUCAUGGCCCCCUUCUACCAGUACAUGGACACAGAGAACUUCAGACUGCCUCAUGAUGAUCUGCAGGGCAUCCAGAAGAUCUACGGACCUCCAGAUAAACUUCAUCAGCCAACGAGACCUCUACCGACGGUCCCACCUGCCCGCUCGCACCCUCCCGUAGAUCCACGCAAAAACGACCGUCAGACACGGCCUCCACGAAUACCGACCGGCGACAAACCAAUGCACCCGAAUGCUAAGCCAGACAUCUGUGACGGCGGCUUCAACACGUUAGCCAUCCUAAGGAGGGAGAUGUUUGUGUUUAAGGACCACUGGUUUUGGAGGGUCAGAGAUAACGCUGUGAUGCCCGGUUACCCCAUGCUCAUCAACGUCUUCUGGAGGGGUCUGCCACCCAGGAUCGACGCCGUCUAUGAGAACAGCAAGGGCAAAUUUGUUUUCUUCAAAGGCAAGCAGUUCUGGGUGUUCAAGGACACAAUGCUACAGCCUGGUUACCCGCAGGACAUCUCAAUGUUUGGAAACGGCAUGCCAGCGCAGAGUAUAGAGACAGCCGUCUGGUGGGAGGACGUGGCCAAGACCUACUUCUUCAAAGGAGAUAGGUAUUGGAGAUAUAAUGAAGACUUGAAAAUGAUAGAUCCUGGCUAUCCCAAGUCCAUCACUGUAUGGAAGGGUGUCCCAGAUUCUCCACAAGGAGCAUUUGUGGACAAAGCUAAUGGUUUCACUUACUUCUACAAGGACAAAGAGUACUGGAAGUUCAACAACCACAGGCUGCGAGUGGAACCCGGCUACCCUCGCUCCAUCCUCAAGGACUUCAUGGGAUGCGACCUCACACCCAUUGACCCUGACAUGCAGCAAACUGAGGAUGAGGAUGUUGUGAUUAAACUGGACAGUGAAGCCAGUACGGUCAAAGCCAUUGCCAUCGUCAUUCCCUGCGUCCUGGUGCUCUGCCUGCUGGUGUUGAUCUACACUGUAUUUCAGUUCAAGAGGAAGGGGACGCCCCGACACAUACUGUACUGCAAACGCUCCAUGCAGGAGUGGGUGUGAGUCACACGGCCACAAGACACAGUGGCGUAAACACCCUAAACUUGCGGACUUUGGCUCUAAACCUGUGUCUCGCUCAAGGUGAACAGCGAGGGCCUUUGCUUUGAUUCCCCCUCUUGGAGACGAGGUGUGCAUUUCCCUCCAAAACUCUCUUCUCUUGUCCCAUUGGCCCCGGUGCACCCGCUGUAGGAGGUUUGCGGGAUUGCAAGGAUCCCACGGUGCAUUGCGCCGUCUAGUGCCACUGUUUGAUGUGGAUAUCGCCGAUUGCUAUAACUUUAGGUUUUACAAAUGCAACGCAGAAAAAUGAAAAAAAUUAUGAAAAUGUUGCAGGAUCAUUUUUUUCUUCUUUUUUUUUUUUCUUUCUGAAUUUUCGCUUGGAUCCAAUCUAUUUAUGUUCGAACAGUAAUAUUUACAAUUCCCUUUACAGCAUCCCAAACCAAAUAAAGACUCCAAAGAGGAUCUUUUUUCUUCUUUUUACAUUACAU